ACAUUUUCAUUGCUGAUUUUUACGGGCGUUUCAUCAGAAACCAACGCGUUAAUCUCCGCGCUCUGGUUUUUGAAUUGAGGUUUGUUAAAGGUGCUUAAUUUCGUCCUUUAUUCUUUGUCGUUGAUCUCACUCAAUGGCUCUCCAGCCAGCCAAUCACGCUGUUCCUGAGCUUUGAAGCUUCCCUUUUACUCACAACACCAAAAUCUUUGAAUUUAGGCCAAACUCAGUUCCAGAUGAACGAUAACAAAGAUAGUAUGGUGAAGAUAUGUUGCAUUGGAGCUGGGUAUGUUGGUGGUCCUACCAUGGCAGUCAUUGCGCUAAAGUGCCCCUCAAUUCAAGUUGCUGUUGUUGACAUUUCUAUUUCCCAGAUCUCAGCGUGGAACAGUGACCAACUACCCAUUUAUGAACCAGGUCUUGAAGAAGUAGUGAAGCAGUGCCGAGGAAAGAACCUUAUUUUCAGCAUUGAGACGGAAAAGCAUGUUGCAGAGGCAGACAUAAUCUUUGUUUCCGUUAACACCCCGACGAAAACUCAUGGUCUUGGAGCUGGCAAGGCUGCAGAUCUCACGUAUUGGGAGAUUGCAGCCCGGACAAUUGCUGAUGUAUCAAAAUCAAGUAAGAUCAUUGUUGAGAAAUCAACAGUUCCAGUAAGGACAGCUGAGGCAAUCGAAAAGAUUUUGACCCACAAUAGCAAGGAUAUCAAAUUUCAAAUUCUCUCCAACCCAGAAUUCCUUGCUGAGGGAACGGCAAUUCAGGACCUUCUCAACCCCGAUCGGGUUCUCAUAGGAGGGAGAGAAACCCCUGAUGGCCAAAAGGCAAUCCAAGCACUAAAAGACAUUUAUGCUCAUUGGGUUCCUGAAGGCAGAAUCAUUACCACCAAUCUCUGGUCAGCAGAGCUCUCUAAGCUGGCUGCCAAUGCCUUUUUGGCUCAGAGGAUUUCCUCAAUCAAUGCCAUGUCUGCUCUCUGCGAAGCUACUGGGGCCAAUGUCUCGGAGGUUUCCUAUGCUGUUGGCAAGGACACCCGAAUUGGCUCUAAGUUUCUAAAUGCUAGUGUCGGUUUUGGUGGAUCCUGCUUCCAGAAAGACAUUCUCAACUUGAUCUAUAUCUGUGAAUGCCACGACCUUCCUGCAGUUGCAAACUAUUGGAAACAAGUCAUUAAGGUGAAUGACUACCAAAAAGAGCGAUUCGUGAAAAGGGUUGUUUCUUCCAUGUUUAACACAGUUUCUGGUAAGACGGUUGCCAUUUUAGGAUUUGCCUUCAAGAAGGAUACUGGUGACACAAGGGAAACACCAGCAAUAGACGUGUGCAAGGGGCUGUUGGGGGACAAGGCUCGCUUGAGCAUAUAUGACCCACAAGUCACCGUGGAUCAGAUCCAGAGGGAUCUCUCCAUGAACAAGUUUGACUGGAACCAUUCAAUCCACCUUCAAUCAAUGAGUCCCACCUCUACGAAGCAAGUGAGAGUUGCUUUGGAUGCCUAUGAGGCAACAAAGGAUGCUCAUGGGAUCUGCAUUCUUACAGAGUGGGAUGAAUUCAAGGCACUUGAUUACAAGAGGAUUUUUGACAACAUGCAGAAGCCUGCAUUUGUGUUUGAUGGUCGGAAUGUAGUCAACGUUGAGAAGCUGAGGCAGAUUGGAUUUAUUGUUUACUCCAUUGGAAAACCACUGGAUCCUUGGCUCAAGUACAUGCCUACAGCAGUAUGAAACAGGACAUUCUUAUGUGAUUUUAGUUCAAGAAAGACAGUAAAUUUUUUGAAAAUUCCCCUUUUUGCAGUAUACUCUGUAUAGAUGUUGCCUUUCCCUUAUUAAGUAUUUUAGCCAUAGGAGCAGGAUAUAUUGAUGUUCAUCACCAAUGCUCAUCACCUUGCCAUUUUGAUGGAAACAACGAUUGUUACAUUUUU